AUGGGCUGGGCCAACAUCGGUUAUCACCGGAACAGCUCGCAGACCGCUGACGAGAAGCAGGGGCAGUUGGAGGUGCACACUCCGGCCAUCAACGCGUUAGCAACAGAUGGCAUUGUCUUGGAUCGCCACUACUCGUACCGCAUCUGCGGUCCAGCAAGGUCGGCUUUAAUUUCAGGCCGCCUGGCGCCCCACGUUCUUGUGAAGAACGUGGCGGUCACAGCUCAAAAUCGUGACGACCCAGUGAGCGGCUAUGCUGGCAUCCCUCGCAACAUGACAGGUAUGGGUGCCAAGGUGAAGGAAGGUGGCUACAAGACGCACUACGUCGGCAAGUGGGAUGCGGGGAUGGCCACUCCCCAACACACUCCGUAUGGCCGCGGCUUUGAUGACACAUUCCUGUACUUCCAACAUGCCAAUGACUACUGGAACAAGAAGACAGGAAUCCAAGCGACCGGAGAAAUCACCCCAUGCUUGAACGCUUUCUAUGACCUUAUGACCGAGAACGACACACACCGUCAGGGGUACCGUGGAGCAGACCUCACGGAUGCAUGCAAGGACAGCGAAGAGCGUACCCCGUCUUGCUAUGAGGAGAAGAUGUUUGAGGAACGUUCUUUGCAGAUCAUCCGUGAUCACAAUGCAUCCGAUGUUGAUCAUCCGCUCUUUUUGUUUCAUUCAUUCCACCUGCUUCACACGCCGCUGCAGAUUCCCAAGUUCUACUAUGCAAAGAUUGCCCAGAUCGUCUCUCAGCAGGGUGGGCAAGUGAUUGAUUCCGAGAACAGGCGGUUGCUGAUGGCAAUGACAAUGUAUUUGGACGACACGAUCAAAAAUCUCACAGACGCCCUCAAGACCAAGGGAAUGUGGGACAACACUUUGCUGGUUUUUACCACAGACAAUGGUGGACCCAUCUAUGAGCCUGGGUCCGCCAACAACUACCCUCUAAGGGGUGGGAAGUACUCGGAUUUCGAGGGGGGAGUGCGGACAAACACCUUCAUCUCUGGCGGUUUCAUUCCUGCGUCGAGCCGUGGCCGCAUUCACAAUGGCAUUGUGUCAGUCGCAGACUGGUACACCAUCUUCUCAGAGCUUGCGGGAGUUGAUCCCACCGACACACAGGCUGAGUCAGCCAACGUUUGGCUGAAGGCUCACAACCUCACCACGCUGGCUCCAGUGGACGGAAAGCGCGGUCAGCUCGACGCUAUCUUCCAAGGAGCUGCAGGUCCACGUGCCAACGAGUCUUUGUUCAUCUCGGCGACUGCUCUCCUGUCGUACCCUUACAAGCUUGUGACGGGCAAGCAGCCCUACAUGGUCCACACCGGUCCGUUGUACCCAAAUUGCACUACCGUUGGUCGCUUCGUGUCUGGAGGAGGUCCGGAUUUUGUUGACUUUGGGGUGCUUGAGAAGAAGAUUGACCUGGGGGAUGCCCACUACUGGCGCGGAGACUGCGGAGACGGGUGCCUGUUCAACAUCGAAGAGGAUCCAAGUGAAAGCCAUGACCUCUCGCAAGACCCCAAAUACCAAGCGCAGCUCAAGCAGAUGAUUGGCACCCUCGCAGACUUCAACAAGACCUUGUUCUUGCCUGAACGCGGUGAGACCGACGUGAAGGCAUGUUACUCUAUGAUGUUGAAUGCUGGAGGGCAUUUCGGACCUUUCGUGGACAUCGAGUCUUACUACACUCAGCCGCCCAGGUCCCUGGAUAAUCUAACCACCUAUGAGAAGCUCCAGAUGACCGCCAUGGGCUUGACGGAGAUUCCGCCAAUCAAGGAGCUGAUCCAGGAGUACAUUCCCAAAGUUGCACUCGGCUUUCUGGAGAAGACGGUCGAUAAGUGCUGCACGAACGGCACGUGUAGCAAUGCCACAGAGUCUGAAAGCCUGGACUUAACCAGACUUGUCUUGAAUGCCAGCCAGAAGCUGAUCUCCGACGAGAGCCCCAAGAGUCCCAAAUCUGUGUAUGUUUAA